AUAUUCCAAAAUUUUCUCUAGCUUUAAAAUUAAUAUAUAUACAUACAUAUUUAUAUAUACAUUAAGAUGAUAAUCACGUGGAGUCUUUUAAAUUGGAUCUUUACAAUUUUAACUGUAUUGGUUACAGGAAUUCUGUAUUAUAUUUAUAAUCGAAUGAAUUAUUUUGAAAAUCAUGGUAUACCAUAUGAAAAGCCAAAAUUCCUUAAAGGAAAUAUGACUGGAAAAUAUUUAUCAGAUGUAAAAAGAUUAUAUGAAUGUUUUAAAAAUGAUUCCAAACCAAUAUUCGGAAUGUAUAUAUUAUUUAAUCCAACAAUUGUUAUAAAAAAUCUAGAUUUAAUAAAAAAAAUUUUAAUAAAAGAUUUUCAUACAUUUCCUGAACGUGGUUUUUAUACAAAUAAAAAAGAUGAUCCACUAUCAGUACAUUUAUUUAAUAUGGAUAAAGAAGGUUGGAAGGAACAGAGAUCAAAAUUAUCACCAACAUUUACAUCUGGUAAAAUGAAAUAUAUGUUCUCGGUUGUCGAUAAAAUAACAAAUCGUUUAGCUGAAGCCUUAAAUGAUGCUAUAAUUUUAAAUAAAAAUGAUAAUGAAAUUGAAAUGAAAGAAUAUUUGGCUAGAUAUGGUACAGAUGUUAUCGGUAAUGUUGCAUUCGGUAUUGAGUGUAAUAGUUUAAAAGAUCCAAAUGCCGAAUUUCGUGAAUUUGGUAGAAAAGCAGUUAAUGCAUCAGUUGGAAAUUUUUUUGGUAGAAUUCUAAAAGCAAAUUUUCCACAAAUAGCACGUUUUUUUAAAAUUCGAAAUCAAUCAAUUGAUGUACAACAAUUUUGUUUCCGUAUUGUACGUGAAACAAUGAAUUAUCGACAAGAUGGUCAAAUAAAGAAAAAUGAUUUUAUGGAUUUAUUAUUAGAAAUGAGAAAAACUGACAAAAAUCCAGAUGGUUUAGGCUUUGAUGAAAUUGCUGCUCACACAUUUGUUUUCUUUAUUGCUGGUUUUGAAACAACUUCAACAACAAUGGGUUUUGCUCUAUAUGAAAUGUGUAUAAAUCAAGAGGUACAAAAUAAAGCAAGAAAUGAAGUAAAUGAAAUUUUGGAGAAACAUGAUGGUAAAAUGUCAUAUGAUUGUUUAGAAGAAAUGGUAUAUUUGGAACAAGUAAUUAAUGAAACUCUUCGUAUGUAUCCCCCAGUUAUUGAAUUAAAUAGAAGAGCUGUUAAAGAUUAUGAAAUUGAGGAUACAAAUUUAAUAAUAGAAAAACGUAUGAGAAUUGUUAUACCAAUUUCAUUAAUACAACGUGAUCCAAAUUUAUUUGAUGAUCCAGAUAAAUUUAUACCAGAACGUUUUCAUAGUGAUGAAAUGAAAAAUCGUCAUCCAAUGUCUUUUAUACCAUUUGGUGAUGGUCCACGAAAUUGUAUUGGCAUGAGAUUUGGUAAAAUGCAAGCAAAACUUGGUCUAGCAAUAUUAUUAAAAAAAUUUAUUUUUAAACCUGGAAAAAAUUUAACAAUACCAAUUGAAUUAGAUGAAAAUGCUGUAUUAAGGCAAUCAAAAUCAGGACUAUGGUUUAAAGUAAAUAAAAUUGAAUGUAAAAUAAGAAAAAAAAAUUCAAUCAUGAUUUUAAAUGUCAUCAAUUGGAUUACUACCAUUUUAGUGGCAAUCCUUACAAUAUUAAUUUUAUUUAUUUAUCGUCAAAUAACAUUUUUCAAACGACACAAAAUACCGCAUCGGCAACCAUACACACUAAUGGGAAAUUUAACAAAAAAUUAUAUGUCGGAUGUUACAAAAUUAUAUAAUGAAUUUAAAAAUGAACCAAUUUUCGGAAUGUAUUUAAUGUUUAAUCCAACAGUUUAUCUAAAGGAUUUAGAUCUCAUAAAAAAUGUUUUAAUUAAAGAUUUUCAUACGUUCCCAGAACGUGGACUUUAUCACAAUAAAAAAAAUGAUCCGUUAUCAGCACAUUUAUUUGCUAUGGAUAAAGAGGGUUGGAAAGAUCAAAGAUCUAAAUUAUCACCAACAUUUACAUCUGGUAAAAUGAAAUAUAUGUUUUCAACUGUAUUAAAAAUUACAGAAUGUUUGGCUGAUGUUUUAAGUGAAGCAUCUAAUACAAGCAAUGAAAUCGAAAUGAAAGAAUAUUUGGCAAGAUAUGGUACAGAUGUUAUCGGUAAUGUUGCAUUCGGUGUUGAAUGUAAUAGUUUAAGAGAUCCAAAUGCUGAAUUUCGUGAAUUUGGAAGGAAAUCUGUUACAAAUAUUCAAUCAAAUUUUUUCUUUAGAGCUUUAAGGAGAAAUUUACCAGACAUUGCUAGAUUCUUUGGUAUACGUAAUAUACCGGUUGAUGUUGAAAAAUUUUGCUUUCAAAUUGUUCGACAAACAAUGGAUUAUAGAACUAAUAAUAAUAUUAAAAGAAAUGAUUUCAUGGAUUUAUUGUUAGCUAUGAAAAGAACUGAUGCAAAUCCUAAUGGUUUGGAAUUCGGAGAAAUUGCUGCUCAUACAUUUGUUUUCUUUAUUGCUGGUUUUGAAACAACUUCAACAACAAUGGGUUUUGCAUUAUAUGAAAUGUGCUUAAAUCAAGAGGUACAAAAUAAAGCAAGAAAUGAAAUAAUUGAAAUUUUAGAGAAGCAUGAUGGUAAAAUGUCAUAUGAUUGUUUAGAAGAAAUGGUAUAUUUGGAACAAGUAAUUAAUGAAACGCUUCGUAUGUAUCCACCUUUGAUAGAGUUACAUAGGCAUUGUGUUAAAGACUAUAAAGUUUUAAAUACAGAUUACAUCAUACCUGCUAAUUCACAAAUAACUAUACCAAUUUCCGACAUUCAUAGAGAUCCAAAAUAUUAUAAGAACCCCAAUGAAUUUAUGCCAGAAAGAUUUACAGCUGAAGAAAUGCAAAAUCGACACCAAAUGUCUUUUAUACCAUUUGGUGAUGGGCCAAGGAAUUGUAUUGGCAUGAGAUUUGGUAAAAUGCAAGCAAAAUUAGGUUUAGCGACAUUAUUAAGAAAUUUUGAAAUUCAUCCUGGUGAUAAUUUAAAAGUGCCAAUUGUUUUAAAUGAAACAGCUGUUCUAAGACAAAGCAAACACGGUUUGUGGUUUAAAAUAAAAAAGUUAAACGUAUGAAGUACUGGAGGGUGACACAUUAAGUUCUAUAUAUGCGUUUGAUCUUUAACUACGUACUUUAAAAGAAUAUAAUUUAAUAAUUUUUACUUAAUAACUACAUAAAAUCAUGUAUGUUUUUAUUUUAAACUUUUUUAAAGCAAUUAAUUUACUUAUCUUAAUUAUAAAUUUUAAAUAAAUUCUUUAUCACUUCAUUCA